ACCGUUGGUUGUGGCUGCCGGAAGUCAUGUUUUGCGAUCGUUCCGGGACGUUGAUCGCAGUUUCGAAAACCAUUCAAACGAUAUGCAUAUUGUGAGCAUUUCGAAAAUAAUGUGGACGCGUUCUCAAGCAGACGGUGAUCCUGUGGAUGCGGUUGAUCUGACAGAGGAAAUGCCUGGUGAAAUCGCCAGUGCCAACGAUCUCGGCAUCAAGAGCAUAGUCGCCGUUAAGGUGAACCAUGCAAGAAAUCCGUGUGGCUAUGUAUUUACUGAUUGCACAGAUCAAAAAUUUGUUUUCUCGGGUGAUACGAUGCCCUGUGCGCAACUGGUGAAAUAUGGCAAAGAUGCUGUUGUUCUUGUGCACGAAUCAACUUUUGCGGACGAUGAGGAAGUGAGG